AUGUCAGGGCAGCCGCCUACCCCAGUGGCUCCUCCAGCCAACUAUGCAUCUCAAGCAGUCACUUCACCAGCUGGUCCUCCUGCGGCCGCCGGCACCGCUGGCUCAACUGGAGGCGCCAUGUCAAAUCAAAACCUGAAUCAGAUCGUCACCGACUACCUACUUAAGAGGGGCUUUAACCGGACAGAAGAAAUCUUUCGUCAAGAAUCCAAACACUUAGGGCCCGAUGGGAAGCCACUACAACAACUCGCCACCAUUGGCCCCAAAAAGUAUCAAAAGGCGUUCAAGCUGUUAAAGGAAUGGGUUGACAAUAACCUAGACCUGUACAAGUUUGAACUGUCAAAGCUCCUGUGGCCAAUGUUUGUUUAUUCGUUUCUUGAGCUUGCGGGUCAUGGCUACACAGACGAUGCCAAGUUGCUGCUGAAGGAACUAGGCCACCACUUCCAGCGGGUCCAUGCCGACGACCUCAGGACUUUCUCAACCAUAACGCUACCCCAGCACGUGUCAGAGAACCCCGUGGCAAAACUGUACCAGGAGAACAAGUACCGCAUACCGCUAAACCAGCACGCAACCGGCGACUUGUUCAACUUUUUAGAACGAGAGUCGGAGCAGGGAGGCUCGGUGAUCCGCCAGCUCUUGGUGACUUAUUGCCAGAUUGAUUCAACCGCGCGAGGCCCAAUCACUCCCUUCAGCUUUGAAGCUGUCUUCAGGCAUUCCAAACACGCCGAUAUCGAGGAGGUUGAUGCCAAGGAAGGGGUUCCUGGGGUGAGCAUCGGACUAUCAAACAAAGACAUCCUCGACCCCGCUCAGCCAUUAAAGCUCGGCCCACUGCCAAUGGAUCCGGAGCUGAAAGAUGACGUGCGGGCGGAAAUCGAGGACGAGGAAAAACGAAACCCGCCCGCUGAGGGUGUAAGCAGCAUGUUUGAGGAUUUUGAACAAAAGAUUAAGCGUGAAGAAGACGCAGAUGCCCCUAGCCGAGCUGAUUUACCCCUCCCUCCUUCGCGACCUCGUGACAUCAUGCUGGAAAUGUCAAAAGUGCGGGAGAACCGCGAUCGAUUCAAGAUUGAUGGCAGAACUGGCGGCGUCGGCACAUCCGUCAGCGCCUGCAUGUUCACGUUCCACAACACAUUCGGCAGCGUAUCAUGCAUGGACUUUUCUGACGAUGGACAAAUGGUUGCCGUUGGCACCUGCGAGUCCUACAUUCGAAUUUGGUCGCUGGAUGGCAAAGGCUUGCCUACAAUGAAUGCCCAUGAAAAAGAAGCCAAGUUUAACAGCCGCAAGCUUAUCGGGCAUGCUGCUCCAGUCUACGACGUUUCAUUUUCAGAUUCCGCCUCGGGUCCUCCCCAGAAGCUUUUCGGGGACGAUGGCCGCCCAAGCGCAGCCAUAGAUGGACGUCCCAAGCUUCUCCUUUCGUGCUCUGCAGACAGCCACAUUCGGCUAUGGUCACUAGAGUCCUGGUCGUGUCUCUGUCUUUACAAGGCGCACGACGGUCCGAUUUAUCGAGCGCUUUGGGGUCCACAUGGGCACUACUUCAUCAGCGGCGGCUACGAUAAAGCGCUGCGCGUGUGGAUGCAGGAUCACGCCUCACCACAACGUCUCCUGGUUGGGCAUGAUACCGCCAUCUCCGCCAUUGCCUGGCAUCCAAACGGCAUGUAUGUUUUCUCGGCGUCGGAUGAGACUGACAAAUCCAUUCGCAUGUGGUCAGUGGUGACUGGUGCCUGCGUCCGCGUUUUUGCCGGCCAUGCCGACCACGUCACGGCACUCGAGUGCGCUCCCAACGGCAAAAUCCUCGCCAGCGCCGAUCUUGCAGGCAACAUCUUUUUCUGGGACCUCGCCAAAGGGACUCGCAUCAAGCGAUCUCGCGGCCAUGGGCGUGGCGGCAUCUGGUCUCUGAGCUUCAGUGUGGAAUCAACCGUCCUCGCCUCGGGCGGUCAAGAUGGCACCGUCAGGUUAUGGGACGUUGAGGAGCCCCUCGACCCCCAGAAGGCUGCUGCUCAGGCCGGCAUAGAAGCCACAGCCGCAGCCGCCGCCGCCGCCGCCGCCGCCACAUCGGCAGCUGUCGAGGGAGGUGCAGCUGCCACUGCUACCCCGGACGCGGCACGUGUCAAUGCCGCUGCUGCUGGUGCCGCUGCAGGACAGGCGACCGCCUCGGCCGCCGCUCCUGGGACCCAGAAGAAGAGGAGUAAGGAAGUCAUGGUAACCCAUGACCAAAUCAAUGCGUUCCCAACAAAGAAGACGCCCAUCAUGCGGGUCAAGUUUACACGGAUGAAUCUGGUCAUGGUCGGUGGUUGCUACGAUCCCGAGCGAUAG